AGUACAUAUUGGCAAUAUUGCUCAUUUGAUCUCUUCUGCAAAGUUGCUUGGACAAAUUAGCAUCAUGUAAUGACUACUCUGGUUGGAAACUGCUGAGAAAUAGGAAUAUCAGAGAAGAAACGUGUCUUACUCGAAGAUCUAUGGUGGCUGGACCAAAACAAGGGCCAGAACUUUUAGUUGCCAAGACCUAAACUCAGACUGCCAGAGGUGACACAAUCACAAAUCCAUAUGGAGGAUGAACCUCCUCCUCAAGGAGUCAGUGCCAAGGCCUUGGAGGCAACACUGUUGUCAGCCCUGAAGAUGCUGGAUGUUGGGAAAUGGCCGAUUUUUUCUCUCUGUUCCUCAGAAGAGAUCAAGUUAAUCCGUCAAGCCUGUGUCUUUGGUAGUGCUGGUAAUGAAGUGUUGUAUACAACUGAAAAUGAUGAGGUUUUUGUGCUUGGCAUGAAUUGCAGUGGCUGUUUGGGAACAGGAGACAUGCAGAGCACCAUAGAGCCAAGGAGGUUAGAUUCUCUAUGUGGCAAAAAGAUAGCCUGCCUGAGUUAUGGAAGUGGCCCUCAUGUUGUUCUUGCUACAGAAGAAGGAGAAGUGUACACGUGGGGUCAUAAUGCUUAUAGUCAGCUGGGAAAUGGUACAACAAAUCAUGGUUUUGUUCCCUGUCAAGUCUCUACUAACUUGGUGAACAAGAAAGUCAUUGAGGUUGCCUGUGGCUCUCACCAUUCUAUGGUGUUAACCUCUGAUGGAGAGGUAUACACAUGGGGUUAUAAUAACUCGGGCCAGGUUGGAUCUGGUUCAACAGCAAAUCAACCAAUUCCUCGAAGAGUUACCAGCUGCCUACAAAAUAAAAUAGUGGUGAAUAUAGCUUGUGGACAGAUGUGUUCUAUGGCUGUGGUGGAAAAUGGUGAGGUCUAUGUCUGGGGGUACAAUGGGAAUGGCCAGCUGGGGCUGGGCAGCAGCGGCAACCAGCCCACGCCGUGCCGGAUCGCAGCCCUGCAGGGCAUUCGUGUGCAGCGGGUUGCCUGUGGCUAUGCACAUACAUUAGUGCUAACAGAUGAAGGUCAGAUAUAUGCCUGGGGAGCCAAUUCAUACGGCCAGUUAGGUACUGGGAAUAAAAGUAACCAGUCUUACCCUACAACAGUUAUUGUGGAUAAGGACAGAGUUAUCGAGAUCGCCGCCUGCCACUCUGCGCACACGUCGGCGGCCAAGACGCAGAGCGGCCAGGUGUACAUGUGGGGGCAGUGCCGGGGCCAGUCCGUCACCUUCCCCCACCUCACCCACUUUGCCUGCACCGACGAUGUGUUCGCCUGCUUCGCCACCCCCGCUGUCAUGUGGCGCCUGCUCUCCGUAGAGCCUGAUGACCAUCUAACAGUAGCCCAGUCACUAAAGAAGGAAUUUGACAACCCUGAAACUGCAGAUCUGAAGUUCCUAGUGGAUGGAAAAUACAUUCAUGUUCAUAAAGUUCUUCUCAAAAUUAGGUGUGAACAUUUUCGCUCCAUACUCAAUAAUGAUGAUGAAAUUAUAGAAAUGAGUGAAUUUUCUUAUCCUGUUUACCGAGCUUUCCUGGAAUAUCUGUAUACAGACAACAUUAGGCUCCCUCCUGAAGAUGCAAUAGGGCUGCUAGAUUUGGCAACACUGUACAGAGAAAACAGACUGAAAAAGCUUUGCCAGCAAACGAUCAAACAAGGCAUUUGUGAAGAGAAUGCCAUUGCUCUUCUUUCUGCUGCUGUCAAGUACGAAGCUCAGGACUUGGAAGAAUUUUGCUUCAGGUUUUGCAUAAACCAUUUGACUGUUGUUACACAAACUCAAGGCUUUGCAGACAUGGACCAUGACCUCCUGAAAAACUUCAUUAGCAAAGCCAGCAGAGUGGGAGCAUUCCGAAAUUGAGGUCUAACUACCAAGCUGAAGAGCACAUCAUCUUCUCUUCUGGAAAUACUUUUCCUUUGGAGAACUUCUCCGUGGUCAGAAUGUGCAGUGGUUUGGAAGGAAAGUCUCAGUGUCCAUCAACUUAGGGAGUGUGUAGAAGUCCACUGACAUGUAGGCUUUGUGGUAAGGAUAGCUGCAGUGUAGCUGUGUGGUGACUGUUCAUUGCCAACAGCCACAAUUUAACACAAAAAAUCUGAUGUAGUAACUACCCUUUCCCACUCAAUGUCAAGCAAACUAAGCUUCUCAUUAUCUAGUCUGUCUAAUUUAAAUUUUUUUAAACAGUCUUUGUUUGGAUUUUAUGGGACAGUGACCUGUUUGCUGCUAAAACUUUUGUAGUGUACUUUGGUCUCAAAACUCAGUUAAUAUGCCAUAGUGGGCUUCUUUUUAUAAUCCAGUGAAGAUACAAACUUGUUUUAUAUGGAGAAGUAACGUAAGUUCUUUAGGAUGAGAGGCUUCCUGAUUUGUAGGAGGGUAUGUUUCACUUGCUGUUUAUUUAUGAGGAGCUUCAGCAGGAUAUUACAGUUCUGAGUUCCUAGCACAUUUCAUUAUUUAGCCAGAAUGAAAAGGAUCUCCCUUUCCAUUACAACAGGCAUGGUCCCUGGCACCCCAAUGGAAGCACCCACCAAGUAUGUCUGGAUGUGAAUUGUCACACUGAGAGUUUUACUGCUAAGAAAACCUAGUUACAGACCCAAAUAAGAUGUCAAGAAAAGGAAGUUCCUCUUUAGGCUUUUUUAUUCCUGUGUUACUGUCUCUCCUCAGACAGAUCAACUUCAGAAAAAUGGAGAAAAAGGUGAUUUUGAAGUGGUAACUUCAAAUUAAUUAAAUUGUAAGAGUGACCUGACACUGUAUUCCAGAUGGUGAUGAAGGUAUCUUGUCCAAUUAUGGCAUUUCAGAUUCUCCUGUGGUCAGAGCUGCUUGGUGACCACACCACUUUCCUUUCAGGGCUGUUCAGGAGAGAGGAGCUGCCCUCUGGACACCUCUCUCCCAGCAUGAUCAUCAGUGGCUGAGGUAGAGUAGAUGCUUCAUUCCUAGCUGGCUGAAGUGAGCUAAGGUGAAAAGCCCACCCAGUGCUGCACAGAGGGAGGUUUGCCCCAUUACAGAAGAUGUGGAGCUCAUGGAGCAUUUACUUGAAUUUUCUGACAGGUAACUGAAUUAGCCCUGAGAAAUUAAGGUUUUGAGUGAAGUGACUUCAAGUGCCUUUUGCAGUAUUUUAUGAUUAGGGAAGACAAAAAGCUGGAUUACCAGGCUCAGUACACUAAUAUAAGUAGUCAUGCAGCCUUCCUGCAGAUCCCUGCUGUGCCACAGCAUCCUUCAAUGACCUUUUCUAAUCCUCAAAUGUGGUUUCUAAGAACUUCAUUUCCUUUAACACAUUCUCAUGUCUAAGCUAGAAAUAGCUGUUUUUUACUAUAUUGGAGGCUCAUUUCUUUGAGGAAGAGUAGCAGGAAGAAGAGCAGCACAUACUCAGAAAGGAGUAUGAGUAGUACCCCUUUCACCUCAAGCCCUGUGGGUGUGAGUGAAAGGUGAAGUAUGCAGGUAUCAGAAUUUACUUAGGAAGAGGGUGAUGAGCAAAUAUUUGAGAAAAUGCUGUGGUAAAUAUUUAUUUGUGUUUGAGACAUUUGCCUCAGACUCUCACUAGAAAUAUAUUGGGUCUUCUACUGCUAACAAGCACAUUCUGCCACCCCCUCAGUGAUGAGUACAACUUCCUCCAGCAGCGUUAAGUCCAUUCUUAGCAGCUGUGUCAGUAUUUUGUAUUCAAACAGAAGUGGUCAAAAGCUUUCCAAUGCAUAAUGCAGAUUCAUCAAAAACACAACUUUGCUGGGGGAGGAGAUCAGUUUUCUUAAAUUUGUGUUGAGAAGCACUUGACACUAGCAUGUGCAGACAGAGGUUACUGCAGUGAAACAGUAGCAUGGUAGGGCACAACUUUACUGCCAGCCUAUGUGCUCUAGCCCAGCACUGAUCAUACCAAAGCAUGGACACAAGGGAUUCUAUGUAAACCAAGGCUGUUUAUCCUAGGUUAAGCCAGAUUAAGAUGCCAGAUUUGCCUCCCAGCACAUCCUUAAGGGUAGCAGUGCAUGGAAUGAGGGUGUACAACCACAUCCCAGCCUUGGGACAGCAGCUGGCACCAGCCCCUGUCCCACCUGCCCCAUAGCAUCGACACUGGCAUACAUCCAGUCACUGGGAAAUGGAACCAGCUGGGCACCUCCACCCCUGCUACUGGCUUCUCAGGGGUCACUCCAGCUGUCCCAGGGUGUGUAUUAUGAAAGGUCUCUCCACAUGUUUCUGUUGUUUUACUCAGAAGAAUCAAACAACUAUAAAUGUGAAAUGAUGAGGAGUUUUGGACUCAACAUCUGAGCAGAAGCCUUCUCUGGCUCUCUGGGGACACUACUGCAAGUAAUGAUAGCACUGGAGAGGGACACCACUCUCCUCCAUUAGCUCGAGUUAAUAACAAAGUAGUUCAACAGAGAUUGCAGCUGAAAUGGCAUGCUGCUUGGAACAAGGCAUUUUUGGCUUAAUAGAACCAAGUGUCAUUUUUUUUCCAAUUUACUUUGUACCUGCUCAUUAUUUCCAACCAACCAUACAGAUUAAAGCCUACUUGCAAUUUCAGAAUAAUUGACAAAGCCUGUAAUUUUGAGAAAAAGCAGCUCUGAACUGAAUGAGGGUGAUUCUAAAGGUCUGAUGUGUCAACAAUGAUUUUAUUCUGUAUCAUAUGACCUGGAUGUGAUAGUGUUACAUUCAUAGAAACAUUUAUUUAUUUAAUUUUUUUAUUUUUUGUUGCAUGUGUUCAAAAAAACCACUCUUACUGGCUUAUGUGGUUAAAUGUGGGUGCAUGGAUGUAAAUAAGCUUGAAACCCAACCAUGGGAAAUUUCAGAAGAAAUAAGGGAUGCAUUUUACUGUUGUGAGAUAGUCUGCAACAACCUUGUGUUUGUAGAUCUUGCAGGUUAAAUACUUAAUAAAGUAUUAUUCUGUUUUAGGAUACCACAGACAAAAGGUAUUUAUUAAAAAGCAAAAGUCUGGUCAAGCAGAAAACUGUGUCUGGGGUUUAAAUAAAGAACAAUGUUCACUUUCCAGAAAGAAGUCUGGAAAGAAAAAGAAAUUACAUGGGUAGGGUCAUUUGAAGGUUCUCCUAAGUUACUGAAGCUAAAAGCCACCACUGCAUUGUCAUCUAGUACCCAGCUGUAGAGUUUUGUUACAAUGCUUGGUAACCAUGUAAACUGCUGUUUUUAUAUGACCUGAACAUUUUCAUGGGCUUUCCUUGUAAAACAAAGCAUUUAUUUGCCCCAAUAGAGGCAGGAUUCAUUGGCCACCACCCAAUAAUGUAGAAAGUUUACGGCCUGAACAUAAAUGAUUUUUUUGUUUCAAUACAAACUUACCAUUAAUAAAAAUGCCAUAAUAUUUAAAACAGUUUGAGUGGAAUUUUUUCCUUUCUUUUCAGCAAAAAUGAAGAAAGUAUAAUGCUUGUAGACUGAACUGACUGUGUGUGGGGGGGGAAAGUAAACCAGAUAAUAUUUCACAGAAGUACCUUGAAGGCUAUUUGUGUUCUUCAGGAAAUCACUGUGACCCGAUAACACAUUUGUAAGCUGGAGAUUUUCUUCAAGUGUAUCUCUACCUUUCAAAGAAAUCAAUGCCCUGGUGCUUUAGUAAACUAUGGUUAAUAAAAUGGUUCUCAGAAUACCAAUCAUUGUUUCUUAAGCAAAUGUAUGUUAUGACCAGCUUGUUACAUUUGAAAAUAUUUCAGCAUUUGGAAACAGUGGACAGCAGGAAGAGAUUAAGGUAUAAACAUCAAGUGGAAAGGCUGGGAGUCAGCUCAUCCACCUUGAGAUGGCUUCACAGCCAAGCCAAUAGAUUCAAUUCCCUUAAGCACCAAACAGAAACAGGCCUUUAAAGGAUGCAAUUUACCUGACCUCAUCUUACACCCAGGGCUUCGGCUUUCUACAGAAAUUGAUGCUUUUGGUGUUAAGCAUCUAAAAUGGCCAUCAGAUUUUGUGCCCAGCUUCUGCUGUGAUUCGAAAUUUUCUUUUUUCCUGGAACAGUUUCAAUAUUCCAAGCCAUUUUUAGUACAGCAAGGUCUCACUCUAAGAAAAGCACUGUCAAACACAGUAAAA